CUGAAGGAUAAAGUCGCAUAUCUAGGGUUUUACUUUUAUACUCUAUCUCUGUUUUUAUCAUCGUCUCCUCCACUUUCCAGCUGCAAGAACAUAUUCAACAAUGUCCUACAUUCCAGCAGCAGUAAUGACAGAUAUAGUCCGUCGAGUUGGGAGUGAUGGAUUCCGGAAUCUUGGUCCUCUGAUCGCAGCCGGGCCAUUCUUUCAAGAAAUCGUCUUCUCCCGUGAUGUUUUGCUAGACGUCGAUCUGGAUGAGUUCUUGUUCAACUCAAGGCUCGGUAGGGAAGAGUCCAUCUACCGACCGUUUCUUUUGAGAUGCGCAGCAGCAGGGCAUGAGGUUGCAAGAUAUUUAGAAGGACUUUGGCGUUUGACGCAAGAAGGACCGUCGGUGGAAGCAUUAGAGAUGCUUGGAGAAGUUGGAUACUCUUCCAUCUAUGCUACAUUUGCAUUUGCAGUUAUGCUCCUCUGUUGUGGUUCCUAUGACCAAGGUAUGGUCGUUACACGCACUUUUUUUAGCAGGAUUCAAACUUUGGAAGAGGCAAUCGCCGUAGCCGGCGUAGUAGAAGACCAAAUACGUCAUAUCGGACCAGGGGGUCGCAAUGUCUUUGACGUUAUAUUCAUUUCAAAGAGUGGGAUCCUAACGAAUGGAGGCUUACAAACUGUCGAACCGAUUCUCUGUGGGAUAGGUGAUGAACCAUCCUUUGGCAUUAUGGACAUUGCAUAA